CUCUCCUUUUACUCAAAGAGCCAACAACCAUGGGCGAGGACCAGCAUCAAGUCCACGCCAGCGACCUAGCUGAGAAGGAGGUGGGCGCCAUCAGAGAGUCGCCCUCCAGCACCGACAAUGAAGAGCCUAUCAACCCAGACGCCCAAGCCGGUGUCCAAAAGAUCGAGGCCCUCACCUCGGUGUGGACAACCCGAUCCAUCAUCGCCGCCUACGUGAUCAUCUGGUUUGUCUACUUUGUCGACAUGCUUCUCCAAGGCGUUGGUGGCUCGCUCAACCUCUGGGUGACGUCGGCCUUUGCGCAGCACUCUCUCACGCCGACCGUCAUGAUCUUCAGCAGCAUCAUCGGCGCUGUCUUCAAGCUCACCAUCGCAAAGAUCCUCGACGUUUUCGGCCGACCCCACGGAUACCUCCUCUCUGUGUUCUUUGCCAUCAUUGGCCUCAUCAUGAUGGCUGCCUGCAACAAUGUCGAAGCCUACGCCGCCGCUCAGGUGUUUUACACUGUGGGAAACAACGCUCUGCUAUACACCAUCAGUGUUUUCAUUGCCGACUCUUCAUCCUUGCGCAACCGAGGUCUUGUCAACGCUUUUGUCGGCACACCAAACUUCAUCACCGUCUGGGUCUCUGGUCCCAUGUCUGAGGCAUACCUCAAGGGACCAGGCUGGCGCUGGUGCUUCGGGACCUUCGCGAUACUCCUACCUGCCGUGACAAUUCCCCUCUUCGGAAUUUUCGCCUACAACCAUCAGAAGGCCAAGAAGCAAAAUCUGCUCCCCAAAAUCAAGAGUGGGAGAACAGUGCUGGAGUCUCUCCUCUACUAUUGUCGCGAGUUUGACGCCGUUGGCCUUCUUCUGUUGUCUGGUGGCAUGGCUUUGUUUCUCCUGCCAUUCAACAUCUAUUCGUUGCAAGCACAAGGAUGGCGGGCACCUCUCAUCAUUUGUCUUCUUGUCUUUGGCUUCGCUCUCAUUGUCGCCUUUGUCAUCUGGGAGAGAUUCUUCGCCCCUGUUACCUUUAUCCCCUUUUCUCUCCUUCGAGACCGAACACUGCUUGGUGCUUGCGUCAUAGGCUUUGUGCUCUUUCUGAGUUACUACUGCUGGAACGCGUACUUUAUCUCGUUCCUCCUCGUUGUCAACGGCCUAAGCGUCACCCACGCUAGCUACGUCGCCCAGACUUACACCAUUGGCUCGUGCUUACUCUGCAUCUUCACCGGAUGGUUGAUUCGUCAUACUGGUCGCUAUAAGCCUGUGUGCCUCUACUUUGGUGUCCCCAUAAGCAUCUUCGGCGUGGGUCUGAUGAUCCAUUUCCGCCAGCCCGGCAUCGAAAUUGGUUACAUUGUCAUGUGUCAGAUCUUUAUCUCUUUCGCCGGCGGAGUCGUCAUGAUUGCUGGUGGUGUCGCCGCGGUAGCGACCGCUUCCCAUCAGCAUAUUGCUGUUGUCAUCGCCAUCCAGGCCAUGUUCUCCGAGGUUGGAGGUGCUAUCGGUCUCUCCAUCGCCGCUGCUAUCUGGCAGGGAGUGUUUCCAAAAAAGCUGGCCGAAUACCUCCCCGCCGAAGAGCUUCCUCACCUGUUCGACAUUUAUGCCACUGUCGAAGCGCAGCUGGCAUAUCCUGAAGGUACCCCCACCCGCGAGGCUGUUCAGCACGCUUAUGGUGAUGCGCAAAAGAUGAUUUUGAUCGCUAGCACAGCUGUUUGGGCUAUUGGUCUGGUGGCGACGCUUGUGUGGAAGGAUAUCAACGUCAAGGAGAUCAAGCAGGUCAAGGGUAACGUUAUCUAAGCUCAUAGUGGAGAAAAGGUGCGAUGCCAGGUUCUUUUCAGGACAAUCCUGUUUGGCUGAAGAGACCGAAACGGGUAGGGGUAGCAACAAAGAGAGACUAUCUAGAUUCAUUCGCGAGAAGAUAUAUCAGUCAUCUUUUGUCAUCAGUAAAA